AUGUCAACUGCAAGUUCACAUGCUUAUAGCAAUCUCAGUCUAACAUCAAAUCCCCUUGCAACAAUGAUGAAACCCGACAUCAUAUCAAUGACAUCUGGCAGUCAAGUGAUAAAUGUUUCUGGUGGUGGUGGUGGUGCUGGAGGCGGUGAUCUGACGUCGUCAUCAUCUACCACAUCAUUAAAUCGUGCAAAUCCCCCAUCAAAUUCAUUAAACGUCAGCAGUCAUACAUUGGAUAAAGUAAAGGUUGCCAAAGUUACAUUGGAAUAUUAUUACGAUAAUUUAAUUGUUCAAUAUCGAGAACGUCAAAAUAGGUAUAAAAUUUUGGAAUCAAUGAUGGAAAGUGAAGGCUUAAGCGAAGAACAAGUAAGUGACUGUCAUAUGCUGCUAUAA